UCCCUGGUUGGUCCUUUUUGGUGACAAAUGGCUUCACCUUGUAUUUAUGUACCAGGAAAGUUGAUUUGAAUGGCGAUUCCACACUUGCAUUCUGUGCAAUCUGUGAGAGUUUCUUCCCCGUGCCGCAUUUCCUUUCCUAACCAGUAUCAUUAUGGUAGAAGCAAUUUAAGUAGAAAGAGCAGUUCUCUUAUUUAUGCUUCCACCAGCAACUUUGACAGGGACCUCCAUCUUCAAUUAAAGGUUGAAACAGUGUUAGAUAGUGUAAAAUGGGAUGACAAAGGUUUAGCAGUGGCCAUAGCUCAAAACGUUGACACAGAAGCCAUCUUGAUGCAAGGCUUUGCUAACAGGGAGGCAGUGGCCACGACAAUUUCCUCACGGAAGGCUACAUUCUACAGUCGGUCGCAAUCAACCUUGUGGACAAAGGGAGAGACCUCCAAUAAUUUCAUUAAUGUCCAAGAAAUCUUCCUUGAUUGUGACCGAGACUCUAUAAUAUACCUUGGGAAGCCUGAUGGACCUACCUGCCACACAGGGUCCGAGACGUGCUAUUGCACCCCAGUGCUUGAUUUGUUGGAAUAUCGACAGGAUGAAGAACAUAAAUUAGCUUUGACCAUUUGUACUCAUUAGAGUCGACAAUUGCCAGCGAAACGAAGAAUUAGAAGUUUUAGAGAGUGGAAAGCCCUCGUGGACUCGCCGUCUACUAUCUGAUGAGAAGUUGUUGUGCUAAAAAAUCAGGAAAGAGGCGGACGAGCUACGCCAAACACUGGAGGAGAAUGAAGAUAGGUUGUGUGCUGCCUCGGAGAUGGCAUAUGUGCUUUAUCAUGGCAUGGCUCUGCUAGGCAGUAAAGGCGUGAAAAUGGAAGAGGUUUUGGAAAUUCUUCGACGUAGGUUUUCCCAAUCGGGUAUCGAGGAAAAGAGAAACCGCAAGUCACAAGCCUAGACACGGGCAGCUAAGUCUGUCAAGUUUAAAUGAUUUGCUUUGAUCACCUCUUCUGUUUUAUCGUUUUAUUCACCAUAUAUUGUGGUCUUAAUUUGUACCAGGAGUAUUUCUGAACCUAAAUUUGCAGCUAAUUUGGGUAGGGUGCGUGAUUUUAAAUCUCAAUCAUUUGGUUAACUA